AUGGGCUCUGUGUCUCUUUUGCAGAAGAGCUUUCUGGCUUUCCUUGUUGCAAUGGGCGUCAUAGUGACACUGGGUGAUGCAUACUGCUUUUCUAAAAUGAACAAGCCAGAGGAGUCCGACAAAGGCUGUACCCUGGAUGGAAAACUAUACCCCUUUGGAGAGAUCGCAAGGACAGAUAGUUGCUUCCGAUGCAGCUGCAGCCGAGAUGCAAUGCGUUGCUGCUCCCUCUUUCAUACUCCUACUGGUUAUGACAAAGAGAACUGUAAAGUCAUUUUCAACAAGCAAAUCUGCGACUAUGAAGUGGUGCAGAAGAGCGACCCCUCAAAGGAGUGCGUUGUCUAUUCGCGUGUGGGCUAA